AUGAUAGAAGAAUCGCGCAAUGCCUAUUCCGCCGGCGACUAUUGCGAUCUCGUUAUCACCUGCCGGGGCGAUGUAUACAACGUACACAAAGUCAUUGUGUGUCCGCGCGCGGAGUUCUUUGCCAAGGCUGUCAAGUUCGGCGGAAAGGAGGCCCACGACAAUGUGAUUGAUCUACCAGCGGACGAUCCCCAUGCCGUCAAGCUCCUGAUCCAGUACCUCUACGAGGCGGACUAUAACCCUCCUGUGUCGGCCCCAGCCCUUAAGGAUGACGUCAAUGUCAACUCUCAAGCUCCUGAGCAUUCAUGCCCUCAUAGGCAUUGUGCGAGGAUAGUCUGUCGUCAUCACCUCUGCGGCCUUACAUGCGUCAGCAACUGCCGUGGAUUUCGGUGUUCGAAGUGCCCGAAGCCCUCUCCAACGAACGUCUCCGGUCCGCCCGAACAGCUUCUUACGCACUCUAAGAUGUACGAACUGGGAGACAGAUACGGAGUCGCAGGCUUGAAGAAGCUGGCACAAGAGAAGUUCAAGAUCGCUUGCCAGCACUUCUGGGAUGAUCCGGCGUUUCCUUCCGCUGCUGAUCACGCGUUCACGACGACCGUGGAUCAGGAUAAGGGUCUGAGGGAUGUGGUUCGCAAGACGAUCUACGAUCACAUCGCGCUUGUCAAGAAACCGGAGGUUCAGGCCUUUCUAGCUGAGGCUGGUCUUGGUAUUGGCAUUUUGGUGGAUAAGAUGGAGGAGCUGGGCUGGCCUUGA